UAAUAAUCCAAAGAAAGUUUGUAUUUAACUAACUUUCAUUUCUUCUUUUUGUUAUCCUUCCAAUAUUUUGUUCACUCCCAGUCCAACAGAAACAAUUUAGAAUAUGGAAGGUGAAGAUCCUGUAAUCCCGCACGGAAUAAAAGCACUUGUUGUGGAUGGUGAUGACAACACACGGAAGAGUCAUGAAGAUAUGUUGAAGUCACUUGGUGUGGAAACUCAGUCAGUGAAAAAUGGGAGAGAAGCCAUAGACACGAUAUUUGAAUGGCGGAGGGAUGAAUACAAGUUUGACCUAAUUCUGAUGGAUAGGAGAAUGCCGGUGAUGGACGGAAUUGAGGCGACGAGGAUACUGCGCUUAUUUGAUUACCCUAGCCGGAUUGUUGGUGUAUCCACUCCGCUUACAGAUGCAGAAUGGGAAGAAUUUUUUAAUGCUGGCCUUGAUGAUCUCUAUGAUGAUCACAAACCAUUGUCCCUUCAAACUAUUAUUUCUAUUUGUAAAUCAGUUCCCCCUCCCUGUAAUGGUACCUGUCAUUGUCAUUGAUUCUAUCUGUAAACACAA